AUGUCCAUUGCAACAGAUCCUUUACAUUUUGAGCUUUUAUUGUUAAAUAUUAAUCGUGCUGUAACUUGGCUUCCAAACACAAUACAAGUCAUGUUAUGUCGAGCAUGGGCUAAUUCUGUACACACACCACUAGCUAAUUGUACAGAACCACCAAAUCCAGAACAAACUAAUUUAUGGUGUCUACAAAAAAUUCUAUUACAUCAUAUUACUUUACGUUGUUUAACUACAGAUCAUGGUUUACCAAAUGAAGAUAAACAGAUUUGUGAAGCCGCACUUGUAUUACGUAUUGUUUACUAUGCUAGUCUAUUGGCUGGUCAAAUGGAUUCGCCUGAAUUAUUAGAAAUGGAAGCUGAAGAGAAUAGAUUAUUUGAACAACAAAUGCGUGCUCAUAUUGGACCUACUUAUGAAAGACGUUCUCGUGUUAGUUUACCUGAAGAUCCAUUUGCUAAAGCGCUGAAUAUUUCUCCUAAUGAUUGUCGUACACCAUUUAUUCCAGUUAAAGAUUUUGUAAAUGAAACACUCAAUGAUGGCCUACAGCCAAAAAAAGAUUACAUUUAUUAUCGUUCAAAAGGUAUAUCAAAUGAGCUAAGCUUUAUGAAAUUACCAUUUCUGUUACAAACUAGUUCGAAAUCUGUUCUAUUGUAUUAUGAUAAUCGUAUGCGUAUGCUAGAUGAACGUCGAGGUGUUCUGAUGCAUACUUUUCUCAUGGAUACACCUGAAAUGCCUUUCUUUAAACUGCGUGUUCAUCGGGAUAGAAUCGUUGAAGAUGCUUUGUUAAUUUUGGAAAUUGCUUGUAUGGAAAAUCCGGGUGAUUUUAAAAAACAACUUCUCAUCGAAUUUGAUGGUGAACAAGGAAUCGAUGAAGGUGGACUUAGUAAAGAAUUUUUUCAACUGAUCAUUGAACGUAUUUUUAAUCCAGACUAUGGUAUGUUUGUACUGGAUGAAGAAACUCAAAAUUAUUGGUUUAAUCCAGUUCCUCUGGACGAUAUGGAACGUGAAUAUUGUUUAAUUGGGACCUUAUUGGGUUUAGCAAUUUAUAAUGAUGUUAUAUUGGAUAUUAAUUUCCCGUCAGUGUUGUAUCGAAAAUUAGUUGGAAAAUUGGGUACAUUUGAAGAUCUAUUUGAUGCUCGACCUAGUUUAGCCCAAGGAUUAAAAAGUUUGUUGGAAUAUGAAUAUGAUGAUAUUGAAAACGUAUUCGGUUGUUCAUUCGCUGUCAAUUACCUUGAUCCAUUCGGUAAUGUUAUUACACAUGAAUUAAAACCGGAUGGAGCUAAAAUUCCAGUUACAAAAGAAAAUCGUAAAGAAUAUGUAGAUUUGUAUUCAAGUUUCUUGUUGAAUGAUUCUGUUAAAAAACAAUUCAAUGCUUUUCGAAGAGGUUUUCAAAUGGUUGUCGAUGAAAGCCCAUUAACAUUUUUAUUUCGUCCAGAUGAAUUAGAGCUACUUGUUCGUGGAAGCCCAGUAUAUGAUUUUAAUGAAUUAGAAAGAGUCACUACAUAUGAAGAAUAUACAUCUGAUUCAACUGUAAUUAAAAAUUUCUGGUCUAUAGUACAUUCAAUGACUAAAGAACAAAAAAAACAAUUAUUACAAUUUUCUACUGGUUCUGAUCGUGUACCAGUUGGUGGUAUGUCAAAAAUGAAAUUUACUAUAGCACGUCAAGGUUCUGAUACUAAUAGAUUACCGUCUGCUCAUACUUGUUUCAACAUUCUUUUAUUGCCGGAAUAUCAAAGUUUGGAAAAAUUACAACAAUCAUUAUUACUGGCGAUAACACAUUGUAAAGGAUUUGGAAUGUCAUAA